AUGGCUGCUUCGAAUUCUUCUAAAAUGUUUCGUGUUGGUCGUUCGAUCCUUGGUGGCCUCACCAACAGUUCAUUCAGUGCAAUCCGAACUUCUCCUCAGUUGAAUCAUGCGGAUUUCUUAUCCCAACAAACGAGAACUUUCAUACAAAUGAGAACCAAUCUUAAGGUGGUGGAUAACUCGGGAGCCAAACGGGUUAUGUGCAUACAAGCCCUCAAGGGAAGGAAAGGGGCUCGACUUGGGGACACAAUAGUGGCCUCGGUGAAAGAGGCUCACAUGGGUGGAAAAGUGAAGAAGGGAGAUGUUCACUAUGCUGUUGUGGUUCGUGCUGCUAUGCAGCGUGGAAGGUGUGAUGGGAGUGAAGUAAAGUUUGAUGAUAAUGCAGUCGUGUUAAUUAACAAACAAGGUGAGCCGAUCGGGACACGAGUGUUUGGCCCGGUUCCUCAUGAAUUGAGGAAAAAAAAGCACCUCAAGAUUCUAAGCCUUGCCGAGCAUAUUGCUUGA